UAACUGAAACUUCAAUGGAAAUUUCUAAAGAAAUUUCUGAAGAAAUUGGCGAAGAAAUUCAAGAGCAAGAAGAAUCAACUUGUGAAAUUAUAUCUGUAUUAAAAAAAUCUAAAGGUCAUCCAUCUCGUACAAAAUAA